CGUUGUCUCUUGCGUCCUCAGUAGAGUUUCCCCUGCUAAAGUAUAUUUGUCUGCUCUUUUUUCUAAUGAAAAGUAAGAGCUAGCUCACAAGGCAUGAGUCCACCAAAUGUCAAUCAAAGUUCAGUGGGUCUCUUCCAAUGAGCAGAUUCUCCCUUUUUCUAGAUUACGAAAGUCGCUUUAGUGGUGGUGUCUUCGUUCGUGCAAUCAUUUCCCGUCAAAACGUGCAAUCAUUCCCAAUAGAAAUAUUAAAGGACAAAACUGCUAACUUCCAAUUGCACUUGCUCAUGUACCCAAUAGAUAUUUUGCAUUGCGCAGACGAUGGAAAAUUCAUAUUUUCCCAGCUCUCUCGAUUCGCUCUCGGGCCCCAAUCCGGGUCUCAGAUGCUCGCACUAGCGAGCGAUCACAAUCGUUAACACGUAGCGAGCGAGAGAGCUCGAGAGUCAGAAUUUGGAAGAGAGACCAUCUGCUGGACUUUCCAGAAGAGCAGAGGAGAGGAGAGCGGAGCUGAGCAGAGUAGAGUAGAGUAGAGCAGAGUCAGAGAUUCGGGCGAUCGAUUGGCGGAGCUGAGGACUGAGGACUGAGGGCUGCGGAGAGAGAAAGAGAAAGAGAAAGAGAGAGAGAGAGAAGGAGGAGAAGGAGAAGGUCUGGGGAGUCAGAGGGUUGAUGAGCAUGAUGAUGAUGAUGGAGGAAAAUCAGAGGAAGCAGUCAGCAGAAGAGUCGAGGAUUCGGCAGACGUGAGAGAAAGAUGUGACAGCGGACGUCCGUAGGCAGCAGCAGCUGAGACGAGGCUCGAUCGUGUGUUCGUUGACGAUCUCGAGAAGAGAUUGAAUCAGGCUGAGGCCAUGACCGCCAUGGACGGAUCGAGUAUCACUCUGUCAACCUGGCUGGGGCAGCACAACAUGCUAACGACUUUGAUUGGCAUCGUGGGCCUCUUCGUGUACAUCUUCCUGAACUUGCUGGAGAAGUCCAUCGACUACAAAUCGUUGCGACUGCCACCCGGACCGCAAGGAUGGCCCGUGGUCGGAAACCUCUUACAACUCGGCAAACUGCCACACCAGGCGCUGACGGAUCUGUCCAAGCAAUACGGAUCGCUCAUGUUUCUGCAGCUGGGCUCUGUGCCCACGAUCGUCGUUUCCUCGGCUGAAAUGGCGGAGGAGGUGUUCAGCACGCAGGACCACCUGUUCGCUUCCUCCCGCCCGCGCACCCUCACCGGCGAAAUCCUCCACUAUAAUAAUCGCGGCCUCAUUCUCGCUCCCCUGCGCGACCAAUGGCGCUUCGUGCGUAGAGUAGCCUCCUCCAAUCUCUUCCCCGUCAAGCGCCUCGAACAAUUCCAGUGGUUGACCUGUAAAGCCGCAGUGGUAUACGAAGCGGUUCAUUACACAGAGUCACCGCUCAAGACAGCCUACGGAGGCUGGCAGGAGGUGCGCCGAGAAGAAAUCUUGAGCAUGGUGAAGCGCGCAUUGAAGGAGGGCCACGACGGCAGCGUGGUGCAAUUGAGCAAGAAACUGCACGAGCUCGCGUACAACCACACGACUCAGAUGCUUUUCGGCAAGAGCUACUUCGGUCCCAAGUCUAUGAAGUCCGAGAACUACAAGGAGGCCAAGGCAUUCCAGAACAUGGUGGCGAGUCUGAGCAGCGGAGGCUUCUUCACGGGGCAGUUGAGAGAAUUCAUCCCCGGCUUCAGAAAGCUCGAUUCUGAUGUCUGGGACUGGAAGCUGUGGUACUUCUACCGAGUUUAUGAAAGAUUCCUCUCCGCUAUAGUGAAAGAUCACCGCCAGCGGCCUCGAACCACUGGAAUUCAGGACGUCGUGGACUUGAUUCUGUCACUGCAGACCGAAAUGCACCGGCGCCAGCGGACAGAUGAGCAUGUGAAAGCUUUGCUCAAGGACUUGAUGACGGGCGGGACCGAGACGUUCUCCAAUCAAGUGGAGUGGACACUGACCGAGCUGAUGCGCCAUCCAGAGAUCAGACAGAAGGUUCAAAGGGAGCUGGACUUCGUGGUGGGUAAAGAUAGGGUGGUGGAGGAAUCAGAUCUCGCACGCCUCAAGUACCUUCAUGCAGUGGUGAAAGAAUCGUUUCGAUUGCAUCCGGUGCUGCCAUUAUGUGCACCGAUGGAGUCGACGAUAGCUACGAAAAUAGGCGGAUACGAGCUGCCGAGCAAGACGAGAGUGGUCAUAAACUUGUACGCCAUUCAGAGAGAUCCCAAAAUAUGGGACAAUCCGCUGGCGUUCGAUCCGGAUCGGUUCAGAAGAAGAUCGUCGGAUGUGAAAGGCGAGGACUUCGAGCUCCUGCCCUUCGGAGCCGGCAGGAGAAUCUGCGUGGGCCUGAACCUAGGCUUGAGCAUCGUGCAAUUCACAUUAGCUCAGCUUCUGCACACAUGCGAUUUAGCUCUUCCCAUCGGCAUGAAAUGCGACGAUGUAGACAUGGAGGAAGGUUGUGGUCCAACCAUGCCCAAGGCACGACCCUUACAAGUCCUCGUGACCCCACGCUUGCCACUGCGGGUAUAUAAGGGACUAUAAGUAGACAGGCAGGCAGGCAGGCAGGCAGACAGACAGACAGACGAGAAGCUCAAGACCAUAUCAGAUAGAAUUAGAGAGCUUGCGUAUCAGACUCACGCAUAGGAAUGCUCAACAUCUUGUACAGCGGAUCGAGGCGAUGUAGGUGGUUCAGCGCGAUUUUGGUUUUUUGGGAUUUGAGUUUUUGAUGAGCUAGAGCUUGCACCGAUUCCACCUGUGGGAAAGGUGGAACUGCUUCCAGGCUUCAUUCGCUGGCAUAGUUUGUCAUGUGUCCAAAAGCGGCACAACUUGUAAAUUUGUAGUGAAAUUAGGAGGAAGGUGGGCCAGUUAGUCUUUGUUAUACAUACUAUUAAUUCAUUCAAGCAUCGAAUCCACUUACAUUUUUCCGGACUGGCUUCGAUAGCUCUUGACACUCAGACUUGGCUCGAGGUGUUGAUAUAUAUGAGGUGCGAAAAGCUAGACCGGUUACAACAGGGCUACAGCUAUGGCUGCAAAUCGGAAGACAUUAAUCUCGCUUCGCUGAGUGAGACUGGUUGAUGUAUAUUCCUGGGGCAGGAGAAUAACGUCGUUGGUACUUAUUCUCGAAGUACGACCAUCCAGUUACAAAGCAGCGCAGCAAUGUACUCUGAUUUCCGACAGCUGUUGUAUGUGGGACCACGAAGUACUCGAGCGUGUCGUUCCAGAGCGAGCUUCAGAAACUUCUGCAUAGCUCGCUUUAUGCGUCAGUGCUCAUGGUACUCACCUGACAGUGGAAGUAAUCUGCCCUGGCCUGGCCUGGCCUGGCAUGCUCAGGCCCAAAGGAACCUACAAGGUACACUGCGGUGCUGAGUGUCGAAACUCGUCACCUCCUCAUGACCCUCCACAAUAUACACUGGACGACAGCUCGCUCGGUCGUCCGAGAGCAGCAGUGCAACUGUUGAAUGAUACCCGAUGCAGUCAGUGAACCUUCCUCCAUGGCCACUCAGAUCGCGACAGCAGACCAGUCCAGCGUCGAGACCACAACGUCGAGAGCAAACUCACGUCAAAGAAGAGUCAGCCAGCACUCACGAUGGCCACUCAGUCGCCAGCAGCCUGUAACACAAGCUGGGGAAAAGGCCGCGAGUCAGAUGCUUUUUGCAAACAGUACGAUGGGAUGGGCUCGGAGUGAGGGCUGACAUGAGAAGGAAAUGGUGUUUCCACUGAAGAUCACGGUUGUGCAGAAUCCGAGAAAGGAGAUACGUGUACAUCACUGGGAUUAAAAACAAUAUUUUCCACAGAUCGAAAACCUAAAACCUUAGGUUCGCUGCGCUAGCUGUGGACUCGGCUUCUAUAAAUGCUCCAUCUAGGCGCACUAUUCUGUGAGCUUGGAAGUACGU